GACAGUUCUUUACUCACAAAAUCAUAGGAUUGUCAAAAUUGCAAAACAUAACCUCAAAAUUUCGCGUAACUUCCAGCAAAUCUUUGAGAAAUUUCUAGAAAAUGAACUCAAAACUGACUCUGCUACGUCAAAUAAUCUCGGAACUUCGACUGGCUCUGCCAAAUCGCAAGCUAAAAGACGAUCUAAGCUACCAACACAUAAUGGGCCAGUUCAGGAAAUACCAAACGACCGACCGGGAACUUUGCAAGGCCCGCGAUGAAAUGGAGGCGGUUGCCAGAACUUACCUGUGCUACUUAAGAAGCUCCCGAAUAACCCAGCAGCUGAAAAGCGAGUUUCACGGCAAAGGAGAAAGAUCAAUCAAUGAAACUGCGAGAAUGGUGGGAUUCAAGCUUCCCCAUGAUCCAAAGUAGGUGCUUGUAGUACUAUUUUAGCGAUAAUGUACAUAUUAAGAGCAAAUAAAUGGGUAUUAGUCGUCUUUAAUGAGAACCCAUGCUGCAAAAUUUACAAUAGAGCUGAUUUUAGUAGUCAUCUUUAUUUUUCAAAAUUAUGGGUAUGGCCAGUCAAAGUAUCGAUUUAUCCUUAAUAAUACUUAAAAAUAUAUAAACUCUCCAAUA